GUCACUCAGCCAAUCGGAGCACAGACAACCCCACACCCUUCCCAGACAGGAGGCUUGCUAGUCUGACUCUGCAUGAAAUUGCAGGCUGAAGCUCAACACUAACACGGCACAAAUGCCUGUUUAUAUGUUUUUAUUCAUUGAGCAACACGUGGGAGGGCACCCAGGCAAUAUUGGAGAGCUGUGGAAUUGAGUGCCAGGUCCGUUGAAGGUUCCGGUACCUGAAGGUGAAAGAGUGCGGCGCCUGCUCCUGACUUGGAAUCAGUCCCUCUGUGUUAGCAGAACACUGAAACUCUCUUCCCAGCAUGUUAAUUGUUAAUCUGUAAUACAUUGGCCUCUGGUUACCUAGCCAGCUUUAAACCUCUUCUUUGGAAGUGCUCCUGUACAUAGAGGCAGAAGGAAGGCUUUCAGUAAGGAGCUUGAAAACAAGAGCAACGGACAAGUAAUAGUUCUGGGAUAGAACAUGUCAUCUCUGAGUGGCCGUGUACAGACUGUGUUGGGACUCGUCCAACCAGACCAGCUUGGCUACACCAUGACACAUGAGCACCUAACAAUGACUUUCAACUGCUGCUACUGUCCACCACCUGCUCACCAAGCGGCCUUGUCCGAUGGACCCAUAGUCAUGAAGAACUUGUUCUGGCUGAAACAAAAUCCUUACAGUAAGAAGGAGAACCUUCUCCUGAACCAGGAGGUAAAAGCUGUGAAAGAAGAAUUGAUUUCCUUUAAGGCAGCGGGCGGUGGCUGCAUUGUGGAGAAUACCACUACUGGAAUUGACAGAGAUGUAAAGACUCUUAAGAGACUCGCAGAGGAAACUGGAGUCCACAUCAUCUCAGGUGCUGGGUUUUACGUGGAUGCAACUCACAGCCCCGAGACUCGUUCAAAGACUGUUGAGCAGCUGACCGAAGUUCUAGUUAAUGAAGUUCUCCAGGGAGCAGAUGGGACAGAUAUAAAAUGUGGGAUAAUCGGAGAGAUUGGCUGCUCGUGGCCACUAACUGACAGUGAAACAAAAAUUCUUCAGGCAACUGCUGAAGCCCAGACACAGCUUGGAUGUCCUGUGAAUAUUCAUCCUGGCAGAAACAGCCAGGCUCCCUUCCAGAUUGCUCACAUCCUGCAGGAGGCAGGGGCUGACAUCUCCAAAACUGUGAUGUCUCAUCUUGAUAGGACUAUAUUUGAUGAGGAAAAACUGCUGGAGUUUGCCGAACUGGGGUCGUACCUGGAAUAUGAUUUAUUUGGAACGGAAAUGCUGAAUUACCAGUUUAACACAUCCGUGGACAUGCCCAGCGAUAACGACAGGAUCAAGAUGCUGCGGACUUUGAUCAAUAAUGACUAUGAAGACAGAAUUGUAAUUUCUCAUGACAUACAUACAAAGAACAGGCUGGUAAAAUAUGGCGGUCACGGCUACUCGCAUAUCCUCAACAAUAUUGUUCCCAAAAUGCUGCUGAGAGGUAUAUCCCAAGAGAAUAUCCAUAAAAUCUUGUUGGAGAAUCCCAAAAGGUGGCUGACCUUUAAGUAAUGUAGCAGAGGUUCAUAUUUCAAAGAACAAUGACCAUGGUGUUAAUAAGACUUAUGUGGGGUCAAUAACACAGGUGAUAUUGUUCAUAAACUAAAAGGAAAGUUAAUUGUGCCACCUUUUUCAUAUGACGAUUUUCUUUAAUCAUUUGCAGACCUGUAUUCCUAGGCAUAAAUUAUAUUAGCAUAUUUUUAGAGGAAUCAGUAUGGAUGACCAUUGUCCGGGAUCACUGGCAUUCAUAAUACCGACGCCGGGAUCCUGAUGUUCAAAAUCCGGACUGGUGUGAGUAGAGGGUAUUUCGCCCUCACACCUACCCGUAACCCUUUGGUCCCGUAGCCUGACCUAACCUCCCCCACCUAACCACCCCCCAGAAGGUUCCUAAACCUAACUUCCUAUCCCCACUGCCUAAACCCAACCCUCCCUACCCUGCAACCUGACCCUAACCUCCCCUAGGGGAGCCUAAAUCUAACCCUCCCUCCCCGCAUCCUAUCCCUAACCUCCAAUACCCCCCACACACACACACACACACACACACACACACACCCUCUCUAUCCCCCCCAGGUGGCACCUAAACCUAAUCCACCCUUCUGCCCCUAAACCUAACCCGCUGGCUGGUGUAAUGGUCGGGAUGACAGCUUCGGAAUUCUGGCUUCGGUCUCCUGCCCCUUUCAGAGUUCCGAUGUCGGGAUUCCAACGGGUAUCAGUAUUCCGGCAUCUGUAUUUCGGCUGCCGGGACCCAAUAACCAGCAUAUUCACUGUAUCCCUUUCAAGAUAGACAAAGCUGAUAUUCUACCACUAUUUUCUCCUACGUCCUAGAGGAUACUGGGGUUCCAUUUAGUACCAUGGGAUAUAGACGUGUCCACUAGGAGCCAUGGGCACUUUAAUAAUUUUAUAGUGUGGGCUGGCUCCUCCCUCUAUGCCCCUCCUACCAGACUCAGUUUAGAAAAUGUGCCCGGAGGAGCCAGUCAUGCUUAUGGAAGCUCCUGAAGAGUUUUCUGCACUUAUUUUAUAUGUGUUAUUUUCAGGCAAAGCUGGUUGGCACUAGCCCUCCUGCUUCGUGGGACUUAGGGUGGGGAGGAACGGCCCAACCACUUGAAGGGUUAAUGGUCCCAUUCUCUGCUGACAGGACACUAGCUCCUGAGGGAACUAUUCGCAAGCCCCACCACGGCGAGCGUACAUUCCCGCAGCACGCUGCCAUCCCUAACAGAGCAAGAAUGAAGAGUGGUGAGUACUAAGCCGGCGUGCCGGCCAGCGGGUCGCCGGCCAUUAUGGUGGCAUGAGGGUACGGAGACGCACAGCUUCUAACCGGGGUGGAAUGCGUCUCCAGACACAGUACACGGCUGCGUCUCAGUAUACUGUACACAGUACCCACACUGGCAAAAGAAGCCUUAAAACGGUUUUCUCUCCAUUUUAAGCACCAGAUUACCUCAGCCAGUAUAAAAAAAGCAGGAAGACCGCGCGCCAUUGAAGGGGCUGGGCCUUCACUAUGAGUGGAUCCAGCAGCUCACCAGCGGCAUUUUUCCUCUGUGGUGGACACAAAUGCUGACUUACCGGGACGAGCAGCUCCUCCGGAGAGACUCCAGAUUACCUCAGCGGUACCAGGGGGUCAUAGCAGGUGGGAAGUGAUUAUUAGUGUACUAAGUCCCCUAUCAGGGUACUUAGUCUGCAACCCGGCUAAGAUUGGCAUUAGCGAUAAGGGCGUGGUGGGGGCUGGCUCCAAAUAACUCUGUGUCUCCCUGAAGGGCUCUUUGUGGGUUAAUUGUGCUUAACCUUUUCCUGUGUGUGUGUGUGCUGUCACAUUUACAUUAUGUCAGGCAAAGAGUGUGUUUCUUGUACAGCGGAGUGUUUCUCCUCCCCAGGGGGCUCACUACUGGGUACUCAGGGCAGUGUACCUUUCGAGAAUAGCGUGGCUGAACCGAAGUGGGUUAAUUCCAUUAAGGGAAUGAUCUCAAAUAUUUCUGCAAAACUAUUCCAAAAUGAGAAAGAGACGCAAUACUUAAGACAGACUGUGGAUGAGUUUAUGAAUAGAGACUCAGGGGGUAAUUCUGAGUUGAUCGCAGCAGGAACUUUGU